CCUGUUCCCGCCACUCACGGCUCCGGGGGUCACGUCACGAGCACAAGGAGAGAAUGGAUAACUUUUUUUAAAGUUCCAGAGUCUGUCCGGUGCCGAACAGCCAUGAACUGCCGUUUAUUGGGACCGGGAGCCCUGGUUCUGUUCGCGGUCCUUGUAACAGAGUGUUUGGCCAGGAAUGAGGAAGAGCGGUUGAUUCAACAUCUGUUCAAGGAGAAGGCUUACAACAAGGACCUCCGGCCCGUAGAAAAACAGGGUGAAGCUGUCGUUGUGUACAUCGCCCUCACACUCUCUAACCUCAUCUCUCUGAAAGAGGUAACCGAGACUCUGCUGACCAAUGUGUGGAUGGAACAUGGCUGGUAUGACACCAGGCUGUCUUGGAACACCACUGAGUUUGAUGAUAUCGAUGUCCUGCGCCUCCCGCCCAGCAUGGUGUGGCUGCCGGAGAUCGUCCUAGAGAACAAUAACGAUGCCCAGUUCCAGGUGGCAUACUACUGUAACGUAUUGAUCAAUCCGGAAGGCUAUGUGUACUGGCUGCCGCCAGCCAUCUUCAGAUCCUCCUGUGCCAUCAACGUCAACUACUUCCCCUUCGACUGGCAGAACUGCACUCUCAAGUUCACCUCCCUGACCUACAAUGCUAAGGAGAUCACCAUGCAGCUGAAAGAGGAGCUGGAAGAUGACAAGUCCUACAAGGUGGAGUGGAUCAUCAUAGACCCUGCAGGGUUCACAGAGAAUGGAGAGUGGGAGAUCAUUCAUAAACCGGCCCGUAGGAACACCUAUAAGAAUAUCCCUAUAGAGAGCAACAAGCACCAGGACAUCACCUUCUAUCUCAUCAUCAAACGCAAACCUCUGUUCUAUAUCGUCAACAUCAUAAUCCCCUCUGUCCUCAUCUCCUUCAUGGCUACACUGGUCUACUACUUACCAGCUGACAGUGGGGAGAAGAUGACUCUGUCCAUCUCGGUGCUGCUGGCUCAGUCUGUGUUCCUGCUGCUGAUCUCACAGAGACUGCCGGAGACCUCCAUGGCUAUACCACUUAUUGUCAAGUAUCUGAUGUUCAUCAUGGUUCUGGUUACGGUGGUGGUGUUGCACUGUGUGGUGGUCCUCAACCUGCACUUCAGGAGCCCCAGUACACACAUCAUGACAGAGUGGACUAGAGAGUUCUUCCUGGAGAGGUUGCCCCGCCUGCUACGGAUGUCCCGCCCUGCAGAGUCAGAGUCUAGCUGGGAGGGGGCGUUGCCAAGGCGAUCUAGCUCCGUUGGUUACAUUGCUAAGGCGGAAGAGUACUACAGUGUGAAGUCACGCAGCGAGCUGAUGUUUGAGAAACAGUCUGAGAGACAUGGACUGGCCACACGGGCUACACCUGCGGCAGCUGUGAAGCCCCAGUCAGAUGGAGAGGUGACAGAGCAGCUGUACUCUGAGAUGAAGCCUGGUGUGGAUGGAGCCAACUACAUUGUCAAACACAUGCAUGACAAGAAUGACUACAACGAGGAGAAGGAUAACUGGAUUGGUAUAGCUCGUACGGUGGACCGUCUGUGUCUGUUCCUGGUCACCCCAGUCAUGACAGCAGGCACCAUCGUCAUCUUCCUCAUGGGUAUCUACAACCACCCUCCGCCCCUGCCCUUCGAGGGAGACCCCUACAACUACCUGGAGGAGAACAAGCGCUACGUCUGAUACACACCAACGCUUACACACGUUCGCACACAUGUGAAGUGUGGUUCUGCUGUUUGUUCACCUUCACCUUCACUAACACAUCCGCAACCGCCCAAAUAUAAAAUAUGAGGCCUGCCCCCGACCCUAACCCACAAAUAUAGAAAAUGCACUGUGGGCCUACAGUCAGAUGGCAGAACUAUUUUUGGACAGGCCUUUUUAUAUAGGCCUAUGUUUCUGCUUAUCAUUUCCAACAUUUUGGUAGGUUAUUUGUUAGUCAACUUGUUUGUAAUUAGAUAGGCUUAAAUGUAGCUCCUCUACUGUCAUUACUAGUUGACCUAGAAGACUAAGUAAUCCCUUAACCAAAAUGUAAUUAAUCCAUAUAAUUAAUGUUUCAGUCUACUUGACAUCGGUAAAGUUUGUUUUCUCUUUCAUCUCUGCUUGUUUUGCAGCAAAGACAUGUAGGACCCGGGAGAAAAGUCUAUAACAAAAAAAAAAAACGUGAAAGAUUUUUUGCCAAAUUUCCAAAUGACAUCAGUUUGACCAGUUUUUAUAAAUGUAAAAGCUAUUAAAAAUAGCCAACAUGUUUUUGAUAAGAUUUCAGUUCGGCUUGGAUGCAUAUUUUAUGUGAUUGAAAUGCUAUCAGCUUUUAUGAUGCUGAUAAAGAUAGCACCGCCACCUUCACAGACGUUCCCUAAACGUGCAUUCAUUCUCUCAAGAUCCUGAAGGAAAUACAGUACAUUCAGAAAGUAUUCUGACCCCUUCACUUUUCCACAUUUUGUUACAUUACAGCCUUAUUCUAAAAUUGCUUAAAUUGUUUUUUCCCUCAUCAAUCUACACACAAUACUCCAUAAUGACAAAGCAAAAACAGAAAAAAAUUAUUAUGAAAGAUUACAUUUACAUAAGUAUACAGACCCUUUACUCAGUACUUUGUUGAAGCACCUUUGGCAGCGAUUACAGCCAUGAGUCUUCUUGGGAAUGAUGGUACAAGCUUGUCACACCUAUAUUUGGAGAGUUUCUCCCAUUAUUCUCUGCAGAUCCUCUCAAGCUCUGUCAGGUUGGAUGGGGCGCGUUGCUGGACAGCUAUUUUACGGUCUCUCCAGAGGUUCAGGUCCGGGCUCGGAUAAGCCACUCAAAGACAUUCAGAGACUUGUCCCAAAGCCACUCCUGCAUUGUCAUGGCUAUGUGCUUAGGGUCGUGGUCCUGUUGGAAGGUGAACCUUCACCCCAGUCUGAGAUCCUGAGAGCUCUGGAGCAGGUUUUCAUCAAGGAUCUGUCUGUACUUUGCUCCGUACAUCUUUGCCUCGAUCCUGACUAGUCUCCCAAACCCUGCCCCUGAAAAACAUCCCCACAGCAUGAUAAUGCCACCGCCAUGCUUCACACACCGUAGGGGUAGUGCCAAGUUUCCUUCAGAUGUGACGCUUGGCAUUCAGGCCAAACAUUUCAAUCUUGGUUUCAUCAGACCAGAGAAUCUUGUUUCUCAUGGUCUGAGAGUCCUUUAGGUGCCUUUUAGCAAACUCCAAGUGAGCUGUCAUGUGCCUUUUACUGAGGUGUGGCUUCCGUCUGGCCACUCUAUGAUAAAGUCUGAUUGGUGGAGUACUGCAGAGAUGUUUGUCCUUCUGUAAGGUUCUCCCAUCUCCACAGAGGAACUCUGUGGAGUGACCAUUGGGUUCUUGGUCACCUACCUGACCAAGGCCCUUCUCCCCCUAUUGCUCAGUUUGGCUGGGCGGCCAGCUCUAGGAAGAGUAUUGGUGGUUCAUAGCUUCUUCCAUUUAAGAAUAAUGGAGGCCACUGUGUUCUUUGGGACUUUCAAUGUUGCAGAAAUGUUUGGUACCCUUACCCAGAUCUGUGCCUCGACACAAUCCUGUCUCGGAGCUCUACGGACAAUUCCUUCGAAUUCCUCAUGGCUUGGUUUUUACUCUGACAUGCACUGUCAACUGUGGGACCUUAUAGUGAUGUGUGUGCCUUUCCAAAUCAUGUCCAAUCAAUUGAAUUUGCCAUAGGUGGACUCUAAUUGAGUCUCAUAGCAAAGGGUCAGAAUAUUAUAUAAAUAAGGUAUGUUUUUUUAGUUAGCAAACAUUUCAAAAAAAAUAUUUUCACUUUGUAAUUAUGAGGUAUUGUGUGUAGAUUGUUGACAGAAAAUAAUUAUUUUAUACAUUUUAGAAUAAGGCUGUAACGUAACAAAAUGUGGAAAAAAAUCUAAAGUAUGAAUACUUUCCGAAUGCACUGUAAAUACCAUUUUUCUAAUUCUGUUCCUGAGUCAAAAUGAUGUGUAUCAUUUUACUGCAUGCAAUUCUUUAUUCUGCAGGAGUUAAUAUUUUAUUAGGCUAAGUGGGAGGUUAUAGACCUACAGUCAGUGUCCAGAUUUCAGUCAGGCUACUUACUAUUCCAUUGAACCCAUCUGAACAGUACAAUUCUCUUGACGUGCCAUUUUGAAGUCCCCGUCAUGUGACUGUUGAAUUUGUAUAGCGCCUCACAAUCAUCACACAUAACAUAGUUACCACUGCUAUCAUCUUCUUUUACCACUUCACCUAAUCUUUCCCAAACAUUAGACUACUGUUCUGGCCCUCCUAUUUAUUUUCAACUCUCUAUUUCGCAGCUUUUCUCUUAUUGAAUUAACUCUGACAUUGUCCUUUUUGCCUCAGUGGAUUGACGUUAACUUUUUAAAAGAAGUUCGCAAUUGGCGUGUUGGACAAUUUGGAGCGCUACAGUUGGGCCCUAAUGUUUAGGCUUCAAAUCAAAUUUUAUUUGUCACAUGCGCCAAAUUCAACAGGUAUUACCUGACUGUGAAAUGCUUACUUACAAGCCCUUAACCAACAAUGCAGUUCAAUAAAUAGAGUUAAGAAACUAUUUAAUAAAUAAACUAAAGUAAAAAAAAUGUUUUUUAAAGUAACUCUACAAAAUUACAUGACAAUAAGGAGGCUAUAUACAGGGGAUGCUACACACUAACAGCAGAUUCUGAAAUAGAAAACAAUGUGGCAUAUAGAUAUGAAUGUUAAUGCAUUGUUUCCUCUUUAUUCAACCCGCCAUCCACACAAUAUUUCAUGACCCUAAUCCCGCCCGAUCCGCGUAUAUAUAUAUAUAUAUAUACAGGUUGAGUCAACCGCGCAUCACUAGUGCACGCACGGAAAUACGCAAACACUCAAACACACACACACACACACACACACACACACACACACACACACACACACACACACACACACACACACACACACACACACACACGCACACACACACAUAACACACACACACACACACACACACACACACACACACACACACACACACACACACACACACACACACACACACACACACACACGCACACACACACACACACACACACACACACACACACACACACACACACACACGCAAGACACCUAAA